CUGCUGUGUGUGCGGGAGAAGUUGUUUGCACAGAGAACACCAGGUAGCAACUGUCUUCUUCAAACGGAUUUCUUCAAGCUGGGAGCAAUCGGACUCGCCGGGGUGAAUCUUUUUUUCUUUUUCGGAGGGGGACACACGAAGCUUUUGCAAUGAGGUGGACGUACCAGUAUCUAUAGUGAGGAGUGAUUUAUUUUGUUUUAUUUUUUUGUUUUAUUUUGAUGAAUAUCUGACAGCUUGCUCACUGGAGCAAUCUUUCAGUCAAACCCUUCUUCUGAUUUUUUCCCCUCUAACGGACCUCGUAUUCCCUGUGAAACACUAUCAAGGAUUUCACUGAUGUAUGCGAUGUGGAGACUGCAAGUCGCCUUAUGUACUCUGUCGGUGCUGUCCCUGUCAUCUGCUGGUGAAAGCAAAGCGCGGAGCUGUAGCGAGGCUAGGCAAGCUUAUAACGCUAAAGGAUUCAGCCUCGUCAAUGUGCCUCAUCAGGAAAUAUCAGGUGAGCACCUGCGUGUCUGUCCUCAGGGAUACACCUGCUGCACAUCUGAGAUGGAGGACAAACUCAACCAGCAGAGCAAACUGGAGUUCGAAAACUUGGUGGAGGAGAGCAGCCACAAUAUGAGGACAACGUUUGUCUCGAGGCAUAAAAAGUUUGAUGAGUUUUUCUUGGAGUUGCUGGACAAUUCUGAGAAGUCUCUCAACAGCAUGUUCACAAGGACGUACGGGAAACUGUAUAUGCAGAACUCAGAGGUGUUCCAGGACCUGUUCACUGAGCUGAAGCGCUACUACACAGGGGGCAACGUCAACCUGGAGGAGAUGCUCAAUGACUUCUGGUCCAGGCUGCUGGAGCGCAUGUUCCAGUUACUCAACUCACAGUACCACUUCACAGACGACUACCUGGAGUGUGUCAGUAAAUACACAGAUCAGCUGAAGCCCUUUGGAGACGUGCCCAGGAAACUGAAGGCUCAGGUCACCAGGGCCUUUAUCGCUGCACGGACAUUUGUCCAGGGGCUAAUGGUGGGGCGGGAGGUCGCCAACAGGGUCGCCAAGGUGAAUGUAGUUCCAGCAUGUGUCAAAGCCCUGACCAAGAUGCUGUACUGUCCAUACUGCCGCGGCAUGCCUGGGCUGAAACCCUGUCACAACUAUUGCCACAACGUUAUGAGGGGCUGUCUAGCAAACCAGGCAGACCUCGACGCUGAGUGGAACCUCUUCAUCGAUGCUAUGUUGCUGGUGGCAGACAGACUGGAGGGACCCUUCAAUAUUGAAGCAGUUAUUGAGCCAGUUGACAUCAAGAUCUCUGACGCCAUCAUGACCAUGCAGGACAACAGCAUGCAAGUGUCAGCCAAGGUUUUUCAAGGAUGCGGCCAGCCAAAGCCUUCAGGAAUGGGCAGGUCUGCACGUGGCAUUUCUGAUGUGUUCAGUGCUCGCUUCCGACCCUACACCCCUGAAGAGAGGCCGACCACAGCAGCUGGAACAAGCCUGGAUAGACUGGUGAUUGACAUCAAAGAGAGGUUGAAGGAGUCCAGGAGGUUUUGGUCCAACUUACCUGAUGACAUCUGUGCCAAGGGCAAGCUCACAGAGUCAGACGAGGAUCAGUGCUGGAACAGCCACACGAAGGGCAGAUAUUUCCCUGAAGUGGUGAAGGAGGGUCUAACCAACCAGGUGAACAACCCAGAGGUGGAUGUGGAUAUCACCAGGCCUGACACACUGAUAAGGCAGCAGAUCAUGGCUCUCCGUGUCAUGACCAACAAGCUAAAGAACGCCUACAACGGAAAUGACAUCUACUUCCAGGACUCAAGUGACGAGGGCAGUAGCUCUGGCAGUGGCAGUGGCUGCUCUGACGGCUGCACAACAGAGUUUGUUUUUGUUGGAACAGAAGCUCCUGUGAUUGGAGCCGACAGAAGUGAUGAACGCGCAGCAGCUGCAGCGGCGGGCAAGUCGCUUUCCCGAGGACCCUCCCUACCCCUGGUGAUGGUCGCCCUCACACUCCAGCUCUGGGCAAUGCAGACUCAAAGGAGAUAAUACACGAGU